CGGCAGUGCCUCGGCCCAGGGAAAAUGCUGCACGAGAGUAAAAGCCUUGUCACUGAGGACCCAAAGCAUUGGCUGGAUGUUAUCUGUAUUUGGAGAAACCUUCAUGGGUGUGAGGGGAAAAAAGAUGAUGUCUCUCAAGAAAACCCAUUGCCUCUGAAGAGAAAAUCAGAAGAAGAGACAAAUAUUGUAACUAAAAGAAAACAGAACGAUGAGAGAGACUGUGAUGAACGUCAAGCAGAAGCUGGGGAGGGGUGUGUGGUACCAGAGAGAAAGAGUGAUCAGGACUGCCGGACCGAAAGCAAGGCUUCCUUAGAAGACCCUUUCAAAAGCAGUGGAGAAAAGCCUAUUGCGAAUGAGCAGCUUAGCUUCAGUUUGAGAGUUUCUUGUGGUUGUGGUGGAGUGAUUGCCAAAAUACUUCCUUUGCAGGCGAAGGGAAGAGCUGUUGGCAUAGUGCUCAUGAAGCAGUUUGGGUGGCGGACUGAUCUGCAGGACCCUGAUCCAGAGAUCUUUGUACAUCUUAAUGACAUUCACUUUGUGGUGGGGAUUCCUCUUUCCAGGCUUCCGUUGGCAAACAGAGUCUACAAAACAGCAGAACUGUGGUCAACAAUUGUGUGGGCCAUGGCAUCUCUGGCUGAAAGCAGUGUAAAAGGGUUUAUAAAAUAAAUACACCCGUUUGUCAACUGGAUGACUUUUCUCUUUCUCUCUAAACAGGAAGCCUGUUACUGGGGUGCUAAUAUAAGUGAUUCACAGUUAGAGGGUGCAGAUGUGAAUAUUAGGACUGCAGGCCUGAUGGUGGAGGUGCUGUCAGGCGUCCGCAUAUACCAGUACAUAGAUGAUAUCCUAGUUGGUGGAGAUAAUAAAGAACAGGUAUCGCCCCCUCCUGAGAGAGUGGCCCAGAAGGCCAUGAUACGGAAGUGGACAACGGAGAAACGGACCACCCUGUCACUCCUACUAGCAGUGGUGAUGGUGGCCAACGCGGACAACUCAGACCUGGACAACAAUGUAGUGGUGAAAAUGGUGACUGUGAAUGUCACCCCAGCUCUGUGGAUGGACAAAAACUCCUGGACUGUGACUGAUCAUCCCAUCAUGCCUGAGGCAUGA